UGCUGUCAACAACAACAACAACAACAACUGAAGGCGGCGGUGGGAGUUGGGCCCAGUCUAGGCCUAGAUCGUUGUGUGGUUUUCGAACACCCGCACUUCACCGUAGAAGAAUUCCUGUUUCUGUCACCAUGGCUACAGAGGACUCAGGGUCUCCAUCAAAAUCUGUGUGUAAAAUCAUGACUUUCCAGCCAACAAUGGAAGAGUUCAAGAAUUUUUCGAAAUAUAUUGCAUAUAUGGAAUCUCAGGGUGCACAUAGGGCUGGCCUCGCAAAGGUGAUUCCACCAAAAGAUUGGAAACCUAGAAGAAACUAUGAUAACAUUGACAGCUUGGUUAUUCCUGCUCCAAUUCAACAAAUGGUCACCGGGCAGUCUGGUCUCUUUACCCAAUACAACAUACAGAAAAAACCAUUGACCGUAAAGGAAUUCAGAUGCUUGGCCAAUAGUGAUAAAUACUGUACUCCUCGACACUUAGAUUAUGAAGAUCUUGAACGUAAAUACUGGAAAAAUUUGACCUUUGUAGCACCAAUCUAUGGAGCAGAUGUCAGUGGCAGUCUUUAUGAUGAGGAUGUUGAUGAGUGGAAUAUCAGUCGUUUGAAUACAAUUUUGGAUGUGGUAGCAGAAGAAAGCGGCAUUGCUAUUGAAGGUGUAAAUACACCAUAUUUGUACUUUGGCAUGUGGAAAACAACAUUUGCUUGGCAUACUGAAGAUAUGGAUCUGUACAGCAUUAACUAUCUGCAUUUUGGAGAGCCAAAAUCUUGGUAUGCAGUACCUCCUGAACAAGGGAAGAGGCUGGAACGUCUUGCACAAGGUUUCUUUCCAAAUAGUUCCCAAGGAUGUGAUGCUUUCCUACGUCACAAGAUGACCCUUAUCUCUCCGUCCAUACUCAAAAAGUAUGGCAUUCCUUUUGAUAAGAUUACUCAAGAAGCAGGGCAGUUCAUGAUCACUUUUCCCUAUGGGUACCAUGCUGGCUUCAAUCAUGGGUUCAACUGUGCUGAGUCAACAAACUUUGCCACCAUUCGAUGGCUUGAUUAUGGAAAAAUAGCUAAACAAUGUACCUGCCGGAAUGACAUGGUGAAGAUAUCUAUGGACAUCUUUGUAGAAAAAUUUCAACCAAGCAGGUACACGCUGUGGAAACAAGGGAAGGACGUUCAAACUAUUGAUCACACAAAACCCACUCCAGAAUCAACUCCUGAGUUGGAGGCUUGGCAGAAACAAAGAAAGGCUACACCAAGGAAAUCUGGAAUGUCUUUGAGGAGUCUGUAUCAGUUGAGAACUCGAUCUAAAAAGCUAAAAUCUGUAGAAGAUGAAACAGCAUCAAGCAAGCCUAUGACUAAAGAAGCAACUGCAACCGAAACAUUUGCUAAUGCUACCAAUAUUAAAGAAGAGCCCAGGAGUGGAGCACAGAAAGAACAGACUAGCAAUACAGAAGUAACGAGUACUGAAGAAGAUAGUGUGGUAGCAAUCCAGUUGGAUCAGAAACUCUUGGAUAAAGAUCAGCUACUAGAGACUGAUACCAAUCUUGCCAGCACCAAAUGCAAAAAUAAAGGUAAUGGAAAGAGAAAACUGGAUGACAGUUUAUCACUAACAUCAAUGGAUACAUUUGGUGCAGUCAACAAUUCUUCAGAACGUACAAAUGUUGGCAUUAAAAUGGACAGCAGCACAGCCAAGGAUCCACCGACGUGUAAACAGGAAGAUGCGUUCCAUGAGAAGGCCAAAAUAUGUCAGAAAUCAUUUGAUAAUAUUGCCACAGAUACUGAACAGAGCUGCUGGAAACGACGUGAAACUAGCAGUGUCUCCACAGAGGAGGAAACUAGCGAAACAGAGAGUGGAGAAAAUGGCUUAGAGCCUGGAGAAAUCCCAAGUGUAAUAAUACUUUUAAGAAUAUGUCCAAGAAGUGUCUGUAGUGAAUUAAUGUAUAACUUUUUUUUUCCAUAAUUCAAAUUUAACAAUACAGUAUGGAUAAGAGUUGGUAAAUGUAGUUGGAAAAAUCUGCAUU